AUGGAUACCUAUAACAAUGAGAAAGGUAACAAUAUAAUGGAAAUUCCCACUCCACAAACAGAUGAUAGUGAUACCCUCUUAGCCAUGGUUCUAGGUGCCAAUAUGGUGUUUCCUGCAGUUCUUAAUGCUGCAAUUGAACUCAACUUGUUUGAAAUCAUUGCUAAAGAAAGUAAUGAUGGAUUCACGUCAGCUAUUGAAAUUGCUUCAAAGUUACAAGCUCAACACUCUGACUUACCAAAUCGGCUUGAACGUAUGUUGUGCAUGCGUGCUAGCUACUCUCUUCUUUCUGUCUCCACUCGCACUAAUGACAACGGUAGCAAUGAAGCAAUAAUUGAUCCGGAGAUUGAUCUAUUCAAGAAAGUUAAUGGAAUAUCCAAGUAUGAGUACUUUGGGAAAGAUCAACAAAUAAACAGACUAUUUAACAAAUCAAUGACUGAUACAUGCAAUGUUCAUAUUAAAAGAGUCCUUGACAUAUACAAAGGAUUUGAGGGAUUAUCAACUUCGGUUGAUGUAGGAGGUGGCAAUGGACAGAGUCUCAAAUUGAUUAUUGCCAAAUAUCCAUCAAUAAAGGCAAUCAAUUUCGACCUUCCACAAGUGAUUGACAAUGCACCGCCCUUUACAGAUAUUGAACAUGUUGGAGGAAGUAUGUUUGAGAGUAUUCCAAAAGGAGAUGCCAUAAUACUUAAGAUUGAUGAACAAUGCAUAGAAAUUUUAAGAAAUUGUCACAAAGCUAUACCUCCAAAUGGAAAGCUGGUGGAAGGGAAAGAACUCCAAAAGAAUACGAGUUUGGGUAAACAAAAACAGGCUGGAUUUUCUAAGCUUCAAGUUGUUUGUCGCGCUUUCUCCAUAGUCGGAGUCAUGGAACUUUACAAAUAA